AUGAACUUCCUGCGGACGGCCGCCUCGCUGGCGUCCAACUCGCCGGCCGCCCAGCAGCUGGUCCAGAAUUUGGCAGGGCGCACGGCUGCUAUGUUCCAGCGAGAAGCCAAAGAUCUCGAGAUCAGCACCAUCAGCGAGUCCGCGCUGAAAAGCUUGAUUCUGCUCGACAGUAAUGCGACGACGUCACUAUACAAAAAUUCUGCCAGCUUUCAAGUCAUCUACAGGCCCACACGAAAAGUGUUGCUCAAAACGCCAAAUGAAGCCGAGGGCAAAAUCAUGGCCAACCGGCUGAAUAUGCUGUUUGGUGGGGUGAAUGAAGAUCCACUGAAGCCACUCACCGACGCCGAGCUGGUCAAGAUUGCCGGGAUGGCGCUGAAAAACCCGGAUUGGAGUGAAGUACAUCUCGCUUGCGCGCUCGGCUUGGUGCGGACGCUGAAGAGCAGCUUCCAGCAGAAUGGGCUCGUUAUCGCGCAGCUGAUCUGCGCCCCGCAGCUCGACUGGCUGAUCCAGAUGAACAGCUCCGGCGACGCGGUGCUGCACCUGAAGCUGGAACCGGAUGACGAGGUUUUUAGGGGCGAUAGACCGUACUCGGAGCAGAACCUCGAAAAAUGCCUACAAAAUGAAUUCAAGCUGAACGGGCAAGAAUUGAGGAUGGUGGACGUGAAGAAAAAGCUCCUCGUGACAGCCGCUCAAACGGACGUCAGCCCAGCGGAAAUUGUCGUAUUCCGUAGCUACCAGCUGCCAAAUGAGGCGCCAAAAAGCUAUAAGAGCCUCGGGUCGGCGGGCGAGUUGAAGCUCUGGCAAGCUGCCAGGUGUUCGAGCGCAGCCCCCACCUACUUCUCGGCCCCGCACGGCUGCUACAUGGAUGGCGGCCUCAUCGCGAAUAACCCGACCUCGGAAGUAUUGUCUGAUAUUCAAGUGAUCGAUGCGUUGGGACCGAAUAAGGUGAAACCGGCCGCUUUUCUGUCGUUGGGUACUGGAAUUCCGCCAACACGUAGAGUCGGCGAAUCCACUCCAGAUGCCGGGAUUCUGGCUACGCUGAUGGCCAGGCUGAACGUGACGGUGGUGCACACGCUGCAUAUGUUGACGGAACAGAUUUCUGCGGCCAACGGCGUCGUCGUCAGCCGCUCAGCCGGCUUCUGCCUAGCCAUGGGUAUUCCAUUCUUCCGCUUCUCCCCGCCACUUGCGUUUGAUAUUGAACUCGAUGCCCGGGAUGACAAGACGCUAAUCGAAAUGAUGUGGACGUCGAGAAACUACAUCAACACCCACCCCGACCUGAAGAAGCUCGUCGAAUAUAUGCAAAAA